GUGGAGGGUGUUUGUGUUGCCAUGGAGACGGCGUCAUACUUGUUUACUCUCUGCUCCUGCAUUGCAUUUCUACUAAAGAUUUGUUUUAUUCAUAUAGAGCGCUCGUAUACCUGAUAAAUUCCUAAACAUGGCAACGGAAACCAGUACCAGGGAGCCUCCACAAAGCAUAUCACCGCAGCUGGGACCCAAGGCUACGAAAAUAAAGGAGAGACUCCGAAGUAACAUAGAUAACGAGGACAACAUGACGGUGAGCAGGGAGGACGCAGGGGUGCUGCAAGCUACCCAGGCGGGCCACAAGUUCACCCACGCCCUCCACGCCCACGAGAACACCCUCCACGCCCUCGUCAAGCACGGCUGUACCAUGGUGGGGAACGUGGAGGUGGCUGCGUUAAGUGGGGAGGUGACGGCAGUGGUGGAGAGUGAGGGGCGACAAGCAGAGUGGAAGAAUACCCUGGAGGAGGACAACCGAAAGACGCAGGAGGCCUUGGAGAAGAUCCAACAAUACUGGCAGAACACCAUCACACUCUCCAUCCCCGAGGACCUCCACCAGAGUCUCUGUCAGCUCCGAGAGUGGAGUCAGGAGCUGACGGACCAAAAGGUCAGGGUGAUCGAUGGAUUGCGGGAGGAGCUUCGAACCCUGGACGCCACCUACACGGAGGAGAUGCUGCAACACGCCCGCCAAAGGUCUGAACUUCUGCGCCGCAUCACAGAACACGUCACAGAGCUACACCAAGCCUACCGCGCCUCCCUCAGGCAGAUACAGGAUGUGGCGGACACUGAGAGGGCUGGCCUGGUCAAGUACUACGGCGAGGUGUGGGACGAAGCAGUAAAUGAGCUCAACCAGCAACUGCAGCGUCUCCUUCAUGAGCGCCUUCACAACAGGACCUCCCGUAUGGAGCAGAUCAUUGAACUCAAACUUCACGGCGCCGCCCCGCAGGCCGCCAUCAAGGAUAAACUCGACUCCGAUAUUGAGAAGGUGAUGGUGGAAGUGAUGCGGGUGAAGGCGACGCAGCAGGUGGAGGAGAGCCAACUGCGGUACAGCCAGCAGGUGUUACAGCAGCAGCACAGAGAGACCACUGCCCUGGUGAGCGAGGCACGACGCACCCUCAACGCUCUCACACCAACACUCAACAACUACAGGAGGAAGGCGGAGGCUGCAGAGACUCGGAAGGUUGCAAGAGAGCAGGCGACGCUACGGGAGAGGGCGCGGAUGCAGGAGUUGAGUGGGCAGUACCGUGAGCGUCUGGCCAGCACCACAGCCGCCUUCAGCCACAGGGUCCAGGGGCUCUGCCGCAUGCACUACCACGAGCUGCGCAACCUCGUCAUGCAGGUGGUGGAGGUUGAGCGGGCCAUCCAGCGGGGGGUGCUGGCCAGGGAGUGGGUGGAACCGGACCUCAGCUUCCUCAGCGAGCUGGCCCCAUCCCUGCCUAACCUCAAACACACACGCGCCCUCGACACUGCUACCAAGAUCCUCAAACCCACCCAAGAUGGGUCAGUGGCCGGGAGCGAGGGUAGGCCUGGUGUAGAAGAGCAGUUUCUCACUUGUCUGGCGGAGGAAGCAUCCUUCCUCAUCAACGCCGACACCUCACACCUCACACACCACGGCCCUCUACUCAUGCUCGAGCACGUCUUCUGGGAGCUGGGAGUGCACUCGGAGCCCGACGUGUUGCGCCUCCUGCGACUAGCUCGCCGGUUCGUGUCCCAGCGCCCCGCAGGCUCACGCGACAGGAGGGGCGAUGAGGCUGUUGGGAGUGAUGGUGACGACAACCCGUCGCUGGGAAGCGAGAGACUGUUCACAUCAGAGGACGUCUUGAAUGUUGUUAUAGCCUUCUGUAACACCAGGUGA